AUGACAGCGCCUCAAAACCCCAUUACUAGAGCCAUUUGGGAUGGAACAUUACCCAUCAAAUUUUCUCUUGACAGCACAGAAGCAGCUGCCUUGGGCGCCAAAGCUAUAGUUGAACCUUAUUUUAUCGAGGCACCACGAUGCUCAUACUUCCCUUUGUGGACGAGUCAAAUAAGAAAAUACUUUGUGGAUAUGGCGCUGAAUUUUAUUGGAGACGAUGCUGAUAUAUGGUAUGACGUUGACGGAACUCCAUUGAAAUGGCAUUAUCCUAUAGGCCUGUUGUAUGAUUUACAUACUGGAUAUCGGCCAGACUCUAAUAGCCCGCCACCUUUACCUUGGCCUGUAACAGUACAUUUCAAAAAUUUUCCUGCAGAUAAACUGAUAAGAGCACAAGCUAUUGAUGCAACGCAGGAUUUUUUCAUGUCAAUGAUUAAGGAAGCUGAUUUUCUAAGAAAUGGAAGCACAAAGAAGGUGAUGAAUUUAUCGAAAAAUGAUCAAACACAGCUUUGGGAUGGACUGUGGUCUAAAUAUUUAACUAGCUGGAAAUUCUGGAGUGUGAAUUACCGCCUUGUUAUUAAUGAUGGACAAAUGCCAAAACAUAUUCCAAUACGAAUAUAUUUACCUGAUAAUUGUCCUGUUAUACAGGAGCCAAUCUCUCCAAUUGAUGAGAACGGAAACCAACUUACACUAGGGGAUGUAUUACAUCAGGUUCUUCCGGAACUAUUCCCAUCUCCUUUGCCUAGUGAGAAUGCAUCUGCUGCUCCAGUCCCAGUAAUUCAUGGAAUUAUUCCACAAUUAGAGAUACCCAUA